ACUAAUGACUCUCAACACAACAACUACCCAUAUGAAUCCAAGACUCCAUGCCCUUUAUUAAGAAUGCCCACAAGAGCAGCAAAGCCUCGUACUUGAAAACUAAAACAACAACAGCCAACCAUGGGUAACAGUUUAGGAGGAAAGAAGACUGUCAAGAUCAUGAAGAUAACCGGCGAAACGUUCAAGUUAAAGACGCCGGUGAAGGCCGGAGAUGUGAUUAAAGAUUAUCCUGGUCUUGUUCUGUUGGAAUCAGAGGCAGUGAAGCAUUAUGGGACUAGAGCAAAGCCUCUGGAACCACACCAGGACUUGGUUCCAAAGAGGCUCUAUUUUCUAGUAGAGCUGCCAAAAGCUUCAACAGAGAAAGCUACGAGAAGGGUUCGGUCGGGGAUUAACAUGAGCGCUAAAGACAGGCUUGAAAGCUUAAUGCUGGCUCGAAGAUCGGCGUCCGAUCUUUCGAUAAUAAACCCUAGUUCUUCAAGCAGUAGCAUUGUGCCCGAGGAGAACGGUGCAAUGAGGGUGAAGAUGAGAUUACCCAAGGCAGAAGUAGAGAAAUUGAUGCAAGAAAGCAAGGACGAGGCAGAAGCAGCUGCUAAGAUUAUGGAACUUUGCAUGGGUAACAAACAAGGCAAAAGGUCAAAUGAAAUUGCUUCACAGCAGCAAAUGCAUUGGAAGAGUGGCCAUGGCAGCGCAGAAAGCGAAAGUGUCAAGGCUCGUAAAAGAGUGAGCUUCCAUCCAAUCAGUGAAGGAGAGAUGCAAAUAGCGGUGGCUUCUUAUUGAAAAAAGAAAUAAUUUCUCUAAGCUUCUGCCUUCAAAUUCUCAAAUACCAUGUCUCCACCAUUGUACAUAGAACAAAGGACUUUGAGACUCUGAUUAAGGAUUAUGAAAGAGCUUUGAAGUGAGAGAAGUAACCUUUAUUUGACCUUUCACAAUGACUCUUAUCAUUUCUUUUUAUUAUUACUUUAUUAUUGUUUAUUAUCCAUUGUUAAUGGCUUUUUAUUAUAUUAAAAAGCUCUCCCCUUUUUGAAAGGUUACCUUGGUUA